GAAAAAUCUGUCAGUUUAAUUCCGAUAUGUAACUGAAAGAGAUCCCAAAAUUCUAAAUUGUUGUAGUAAUUUAAUUUGUAAGUGAAGUUAACAUAUUUUAAAUUCUUGCGAGAGAUGCCAAUACCCCUCGGCGAAGACUGGCAGGCUUGUUACAGGCCUGAUUUGUGCUACUCCUCUCUGAGGCUUCUCAAAAUGUCUCAUAUACCUUCAAGCCCCAACUAAGUUGAGAAUGGAGGGUGAGGGGAUGGUGGCGGUGGUUAGGGGGUUGAGGGACGCCGGCUUGGCUGUCACCGUGAUGGACGGCAGUCGACAGUAUACUUUAGUGCCUAAUAAUAUGACACAACAAGUACCAAUGCAACGGCAACAACUGAACAACUCGAUGAACACUACUUCGCAACCGUGCAACUUGAAAUACUCUGCUGACUGCAACACUGACAAUGGUUACGGCAACGCCUGUGAUAGGGUUGCUCAAGCUAUUGAUGGGAGAUACGCUUCUACUUAUAAGACGACACACUGCCGUUUAAAACCAACUUCGCCUCCAGUGCAGUUGACUGAAUUUCCGCCACAACGGGCUGACCCAUGCCCUGCAGGUCAUGGGAACUUCCAAGUGGGGGGUUCCGGUAGUGGGGCGGGCCCCGGUGGGAUACACACUCAGACGAGGCACGUAGCCCCAACCAACUCCUUCAGAGGUGCCAUGUCGUGGCCUGAUAGAGAGAAAACAUUUUUCUUCUUUCUGGUGGAGACUGACAUUAAGUUUGACCAACAAAAUGCUCUGCAUCCUCCAGGUAUCGAAAACCUUUGCCCGUUCCACAACUUCCCCUACCAAGAUUAA